AUCAAACCUCUCAACGUGUAUUCCUCCUACCUCAAUAAGCUUAUCCUCCCCAUCAUAACUCCCCCGAAUUCUUCAUUCAAAACCAUAAAAUUAUCCCUCAAUUCUUGUCAUCUUAACCCUAAAUUAAUUCCCUUAAUCAUCCUGUUUCAAUUGUUGAUUCGUUAAUCGAUCUCAUUCAAGAUGGUGUUAGCACAAUUAGGAGGGAGCAUAACACGUGCUCUCCAGCAAAUGAGCAAUGCUACAAUCAUUGAUGAGAAAGUUCUGAAUGAAUGCCUUAACGAAAUCACGCGUGCCCUUCUUCAAGCUGAUGUUCAGUUUAAGCUUGUACGUGAUAUGGCCACCAAUAUAAAGAAAAUUGUCAAUCUUGAUGAUCUUGCCGCUGGACAUAACAAGCGAAGGAUAAUCCAACAGGCGGUUUUUAAUGAGCUCUGCAAAAUAUUGGAUCCUGGGAAGCCUUCUUUUACACCGAGAAAAGGGAAACCCAGUGUUAUAAUGUUUGUUGGUUUGCAAGGGUCUGGAAAAACAACAACAUGUACAAAGUAUGCAUAUUACCACCAGAAAAAAGGUUGGAAACCAGCUUUAGUCUGUGCUGAUACAUUCAGAGCUGGUGCUUUCGAUCAAUUGAAGCAGAAUGCCACAAAAGCUAAGAUACCUUUUUAUGGAAGUUACACGGAGUCGGACCCUGUCAAAAUAGCAGUUGCUGGUGUUGAAACAUUUAAGAAGGAAAAUUGUGAUCUAAUAAUUGUUGAUACAAGUGGGCGCCACAAACAAGAAGCUGCUCUUUUUGAAGAGAUGCGACAAGUUGCCGAAGCAACGAAACCAGAUCUUGUGAUAUUUGUUAUGGAUAGCAGUAUUGGUCAAGCUGCCUUUGAUCAAGCUCAAGCAUUUAAACAAAGUGUCGCAGUUGGAGCUGUAAUUGUUACUAAGAUGGAUGGCCAUGCAAAAGGUGGUGGUGCCCUCAGUGCAGUCGCUGCUACAAAAAGUCCUGUCAUUUUUAUCGGAACUGGUGAACACAUGGACGAGUUUGAAGUUUUCGACGUUAAACCAUUUGUCAGCCGUCUCUUAGGCAUGGGCGACUGGUCUGGCUUCAUGGACAAGAUACAUGAAGUUGUCCCGAUGGAUCAGCAGCCUGAGUUUCUUCAGAAGCUAUCGGAAGGACAUUUUACCUUGAGGAUAAUGUACGAGCAAUUUCAAAACAUACUUAAAAUGGGUCCAAUUGGCCAGGUCUUUUCCAUGCUUCCAGGAUUCAGUGCAGAGUUGAUGCCGAAAGGUCGUGAAAAUGAAAGCCAGGCAAAAAUUAAACGAUACAUGACAAUGAUGGAUUCAAUGACUAAUGAAGAAUUGGAUAGUUCCAACCCAAAGCUUAUGACAGACUCCCGAAUUAUGAGGAUAGCUAGGGGGUCGGGCCACCCAGUGCAUGAGGUGAUGGAAAUGAUGGAGGAAUACAAACGACUGGCCAAGAUAUGGAGUAAGAUGAAGGGGCUUAAGAUUCCAAAGAAGGGAGAGAUGAGUGCCUUGUCUCGAAACAUGAAUGCACAGCACAUGAGCAAAGUCUUGCCUCCACAGAUGUUGAAACAAAUAGGCGGCAUGGGUGGUUUGCAGAGUUUGAUGAAGCAAAUGGGUUCUGCGAAGGACAUGAUGGGUGGUAUGUUUGGUGGUGGGGACAAGUAAAUGAAGCCACAAUUGACAAGUUAAAUCAAAGCCAAGUUAUGCUGGCAAAUUUUUUUUUGGUAAAGUAUCUUAACCCUGGAGUUUCCUCCUUCCCUUUGUAGUAUUGGCCAUAGAUUGUGGAAUUUUAGGAAGCAGAUCAUGUCAAUAGAAGGAUUUAUUACGAGUCCUGUAACUUCACGAUUUUCUUGCUGUAUUUAUUUUGCGGGAUACUUCACAAGUACAAAUUGUUGAAUAUAAUAUUAUAAAUGUUAAAUCUUCUGUCAGGA